CUGGGUUUGGAAAUCUAGCAGGAACCAUGGAUGUAUGGGAUCGCAAGACUUUGGAAAAAACGGCUACCAUCGAGGCACAGAAUUCUUCCGAAAGUUUUUGGUCCCCGGACGGUCGUUACAUAAUGACUGCGACUCUUAGCCCUCGACUGCGGGUUGAUAACGGUUAUAAGAUCUGGCAUUAUACUGGUGUGUUAGUACAUACCACAAAUAUUCAGGAACUAUUACAGGUUCAAUGGCGACCUGCUAAUGCGGAUUUGUAUCCCAUGCGAACGACCCUAUCACCUCCACCAAAGAUUUCCAAUGAUCUUACCGCUUCAGAUGUUAAACCAUUACCCAAGAAGGUAGGCGCGUAUCGACCACCUCACGCACGUGGCAAAGCAACACCCGAAAUUUUCAAGAGAGAGGAUGAAUCAAGUAAGAAUUCGUCGCAAGAUCAUGGAACAAAUAAGUCGGCGGGAACAACUGAAAAUUUGUCGAAGGUGGCAUCAAGAAAUAAGAGGAAACGCGAGUUAGCGAAGAAAAAGAAAGAAUCAUCGUCAACCACUGUCAACGAGAGUACUGAAAUUCCAACGAAUGUUCAGUCUGUAAUAAUAAACAAUGGAGCCCAGGUUGAUAAGGAUGACAAGACUAAGUCGGAGUCAAUUCCUGAGGCGACAUCGAGUUUAUCCGAAAAUGAUAAAAAGAUUCGAAAUUUAACAAAGAAAUUGCGUCAAAUCGAAGAACUUAAGGAGAGGCAACAAAGCGGAGAUAAGUUGGAGCAAACACAGUUGCAAAAAAUUGCGAACGAAGCGUCGUUACGAAAGGAACUGGAAAUGCUAAGACUUUGA